AUGAAAGAGGUGGCCGUUUUAGUGCUUUUGGACGUGCAAAAUGUCCUUGAACGCCUGUCGGACCUGCAAGUCAUGCAGGCACUAACAGCCCAGGGCGUGCACGGCCGCAUGCUCUGCUUUGUGCAGGGUUUUCUGUCGGGCCGAUUUUUCCGCGUCAGAGUUGGCCACGCGCUCCGCUCUUCACAGCCGGUAUCGACAGAGGUGCCACAGGGUUCUGUACUGAGCCCCUUCCUAUUCAACAUCCCAUCGGCACGCCUGCCAGCUGUCAUUCCUUCCGGCCAGCGCUACCCCGUACACUGUUCCAUAUACUCUGACCACGUCGCGUUGUGGAACUGGGGAACUACCAGGAAUCUGCGAACUGUCCGAUCUUGCCUGCAGAGUGCACUAAAUGCUAUAGUCGACCAUGUCACAUCUGUUGGUCUGGCUGUUGCUCCGGCUACAACGAAGGCACUUUUUGUGCACCGCAGACCUGCAACACGCAGCAGAGUGGCCCGUCUAACCACCUAG